CUCACCUUACUUGGGCGCAGCACAUGGCCUGAUGGGUGAGCCUCUGGCUGCGCCCGCUUUGCCGCAGGCCGCCGGCUUGCAGCCGACACGCCUUGCAGCCCGCUUUACUACACAUGGCAUGACAAGGCGUAUGUCGGAGCUGCGCAUGGGAUGAUGGGCAUUCUGUUUGCACUGCUGCACGUGCCUGAGCUGGUGGCAGCGGUGCCAGGUGCCCAGCGGGACGUGGAGUUGGCUUUGCAGUACAUGCUCUCGCUGGAGUGCGACGGCGAGGGCCGACCAGGCCCCCACGGCCACUACCCAACACAGAUGGGACCGUGGCGUGACAGAGAGCCACUCGUGCACUGGUGCCACGGCGCCACAGGCGCCGUGUUCCUGCUGUGCAAGGCGCAUGAACAGUUGGCGGACCCCACCUACCUGAGGGCCGCGGAGCGGAGUGGCGAAUCGGUGUGGGAGCGCGGCCUGUUGAAGAAGGGGCCAGGCUCCUGCCAUGGCAUCAGCGGCAGCGCAUAUGCCCUGCUGCGCCUGUACCGUACCACCGGUCAGGACAAGUGGCUGCAUCGUGCACUGAAGUUUGCAGAGUUCAUGGACAGCGAGGAGUUCACGGCGGGGGCCCGCACACCAGACCACCCACUCUCUCUUUUUGAGGGGUGGGCUGCCACCCUGUGCCUGUGGGCCGACCUGCUGGGAGGCCCGCAAUCUGCAGCAAUGCCAAUGUUUGAAGUCUGAUGACAUGCGGGAUUUGUUGGCCCAAGACACGAAGGCUCUGCUGUUGUUCAACUGAAUGGACUGACCGACUGGCUCGCGGACUGGACAUGUUCAUGUCUCCUGAUGUUUGCAUUCCCGAUCUGCAUUUGGCACAGUGCCUGCCGCCCAUGGAGGUCCCGUCUCAAAUCAUGUAGAGGAUCUGCAUCAAGUCUUGCCAACCCUGCUGCAUCGAUGAACUCUAGCAUGAACUUUGAUAGCCUGCAUUCUGGGCUUGUCCUUGUUCCACACGAACAUCAAUGUGUC